AUGCAUUCCGCCAUGGCAGUACAUUCCAUUCUCUUUUUAUCGGUGAACCAACACAGUUAUGAUGAUAUAUCUACUUUUUGGAAUCAAUCCAUGUAUGCGACAGUUAUCCGAGCCAUCGACGGUAUGUAUGGCAUCAAAAAGCCUCGAAUCCCCAUGAACACCAUCCUCAAGGUUCUCAGUAUCACCCAAGAUGUCUCAACAAAAAUUAUCACUCGCGACAAAGGCAUCAUGCAGCUCAUCGAUCUUGAUCUCCCAUCGCAAGAAGCCAAGUUAAUCGAGACCGUUAACCAGUUGAUGGAUAAAUUUUCGCGCAACCCCAUCAGUAACGAGAUCAGUGAAUCUGAACUUGGAUCUCGCUAUAUUGAUCCAUUCUUGGGUGGUCUCUUCGAUGACCCUGAUAACGGUAUGUAUCUACGGUGCACCAACGAAAUCAUUUUGGAGACCCGGAAAAACGACCGUUUGGCGAGUGACAACAGACCGGAUACAUCACCAGCCUUUACGGCAGUCGAUUUUCGAUCAACUAUGGUUUCAGAGACGUCAAGUCACCAGCAUAUGGGUGUCGUUUUUCCGUAA